AGGCGGGCGUGGACUUGAUAUUUCAGCAGACCCGUGUCGGCCUUUGACCUCGGCGGGACCCUUAAAUUCUACAAUUAUGGCACUCUUGCGCUCAGAUCAUCCUUCUGGCUCCUUUGUGUCGCCUUGUCCCACAUUGAUAUUAACCUUCCUGAAUCUCUUACUUUUAGCAACCCCGUGAAUCACUAGAUUUCUGGCAACAUACCUACCUCUUUUGAAACUCAUGAGACAAUGUAACAUACACCCAAUUACUACCCUCAUUCAAGAACACUCAUUCUCCCCCCUUUUCCACUAGAAUUUAUCAGUCAGGUGUUCGUUGAACCUGAUCUAUUCAACUGCAGCUUGCCAACCAAUCAAACCCACUUUCCGUCUUCAUUACUGGUCCUUUCACUACCUAACUUCCAGCCCUACCAAACAUCUUGUCCCCGUCGCAAUUUGGAGUAUGCGGGACGAAUAGGCUGGCCAUUGACCAUCAUCAACGCUGCUACCGUCAUAUCUUAGGAAGAUGCAAGUUAUGCGAGACAUCGGCAAGAAUGCCGGGAGUAGAGAGCGGGAAAUUCCAAAGAGAGACGACUUGAAAGAUUAUAAUUAUGCUGUCGCUGGACAUGCUGGAACCAUGUGCGACGCAGACGGCGAACUAUUCAUCAAGCCAUGUACAAAGUCCGAGGUCGAAUUCUACGAAUCGGCACACGCCCUCCAUCCAGAUUUCGCAGAGUUCAUGCCCAUGUACAUAGGCACUCUAUCAUUGAAUGAAGGAACUGACCAGGCUGCAAUACAUGCGCGAAUACCAGACCUUGUCGAACAUGCCGACAUCCCUUUCUCUGUCAAGGAAGAAAUCCAGUCACAUUUACACCUUGACGACCGGAAACCUAUACUCGAAGCGCCUGUCCAAAAGCAAAUUAUCUCUGAGAAUAUUACAUGGGUUCCUAACAAGACGAGGAAGAUUACGACGGAUCAGGCAGUGGUGUUAGAAAAUGCAUCCUUCGGGUAUAAAAAGCCAAAUAUUAUGGACGCGAAGUUAGGAAUUCGGCUAUGGGCUGAUGAUGCACCCUUGGAAAAGAAGGAGAGAUUUAAUAAGAUCGCCGAGGAGACUACUCACAAGAAAUUCGGCUUUCGCGUUGCGGGAAUGAGAGUUUAUAAGGGAUCCACAGACGAAUCGGAAUUAGAUGAGGAAGGAUUCAAGAUUUAUGACAAAGAUUGGGGGAGACUUACGGUGAACGAUGGCAACAUAGUCGACUCGUUCAAAAAGUACAUAUUCAACGAGGCUGCCGGCAUUGACCAAGAUCUCGGCAAGAUGAUUGCUGGGCUAUUCGCCCAGGACCUUCGGAAAGUGCAAGAAGUGCUUGAGAAAGAGGAGACUCGAAUGUACUCUUCUAGUCUGCUUUUCGUAUUCGAAGGUGACGGUGCAGCUCUACGAGAGGCCAUCGAAGAGGCAAAGACUACUGCUGCUAUACCAGAACACAAAAGAGGCACCUCACGAGCUCCAGUCGCAACCCUUAGGGUGGAUAGCGGUAUCGGUAUAACCGAGGAGGAUCUAUACGAGCCCGAUAUGGCGGAAGACUUUGAUGAGCUAGAGGACGAUUCGGACGAGGAGUCAAGCUUUCCGCACAUAUACACCUUAAAGUUGAUUGACUUUGCGCAUGCAACAUGGAAGCCUGGUCAUGGGCCGGACGAAAAUGUGUUGCUUGGAGUCAGGAGUCUUGCGGAUAUCUUCGAGGAGAUGUCGGAGUGACACUUAGAUGAGUUGUGACUUUGAAAGAGGAAUAGAGAGGAUCGCAUAGAUGACUCGGAAGCAUUAUUCAGCAUCAGCAUAUUUCAUUCAGGCAUUGUAUGGACGAAUGAAUGAAAUAGAAAAGGUCCACCUGGCGUCUCGAGGGGAGAUAUCUGGAGUUUUGCCUCAAGAUACCCAUUACAAUACUCUAGUUAUAUGUAGAUAGAGUACCACUACUCAGGACUCACUUACGAUUUGCAAUGAAAUUUAAGUCUCUCUUAUUGAUAGUAGAG